AUGAUCGAGGAGAUGAAACUGAUGGGAAAGGAACUCCAUGUUCAGUCUAAGAACAUAGUCGGGAAGAACCCGAACGCUUCCGGCAAGUCGACUGCGGGACGCAGUGCAUGUCCGGAAUGCGGAAAGAAUCAUGCUGGCCCGUGUAGGAAGGCUUCUGGUGCAUGUCUUAGCUGUGGAAGUCAGGACCACAAGGUUCGUGACUGUCCAGAGGAAGAUAAGAGGCCGAAGGAUCAGGCUAAGGAAGGCCGAGUAGUGGUCUGUUACGGAUGUAACGAGACGGGACACUACAAGGACAAGUGCCCACACAGACAGACAACUGGAAAGCGAGCAAGUGAGGGACCGGACUCGAGUGCAAAGAGGCAGGCGGUCACUCCUCGUGUGUACUCGAUUGGAGAUGCGGCCACGGACCCAAGCUCAUCUCGUCCGAUCACUGGGACCUUAAUCAUGGGUGGCGUGGCGGCCCAUGUUCUGUUUGAUUCGGGUGCAUCGCAUUGCUUUGUACACCCGAGUCUGGUCGGCACUGGCGAGUUCCGCAAGGAACCCGGUGAAGACCAUGGAAUGGUUCAAGCGGCUAGUGGCCAAGUUAUGUUUACCUUGGGGAAGAUCAGGAACGUGUCGGUUAUGAUCGGAGAGGUAAACAUGCCAGCUGACUUAGUGAUUUGCGCGGUGAAGUCUUAUGAUGUGAUCCUUGAAAUGGAUUGGCUUGGGAAGCACAAGGCACAUCUAGACUGUCAUCGGGGAAGAGUGUGGUUUGAAACCGAGAAGGGUAAACUGAAGUAUCAGGGAGUUAGACCGACAGCGGGAAGCUUGAUCAUUUCGGCGGUCCAAGCGGAUCGGAUGAUCGAGAAGGGCUGUGAAGCGUACUUGGCCGCGAUCACUACUACGGAAGUCGGGAAAGACGCUAGCCUUAGCGAGAUUCCAGUAGUUAGUGAAUUCGAGGAUGUGUUCCAGGCAUUGUCUGGACUGCCUCCGGAUCGAUCGGAUCCGUUCACGAUCGAACUGGAACCUGGAACCGCCCCGGUGUCUAAGGCAUCUUACCGGAUGGCGCCGGCUGAGAUGGCCGAACUGAAGAAGCAGCUGAACGACCUAAUGGAAAAGGGUUUUGUUCGGCCAAGUAGUUCGCCAUGGGGUGCACCUGUUCUGUUCGUGAAGAAGAAAGACGGAAGUUUUAGACUCUGUAUAGAUUACCGCGGUUUGAACCGGGUAACAGUGAAGAACAAGUACCCUCUCCCGAGGAUAGACGAGUUGUUGGACCAACUCCGAGGUGCUACUUGGUUCUCAAAGAUCGAUUUAGCCUCGGGCUAUCAUCAGAUUCCGAUAGCAGAGUCGGAUGUGAGAAAGACCGCCUUUAGGACGAGGUACGGUCACUAUGAGUUCGUGGUCAUGCCGUUCGGGCUGACCAAUGCACCGGCUGCAUUUAUGAAACUCAUGAACAAUGUGUUCCGAGAUUGCUUGGAUGAGUUCGUUAUCAUCUUCAUUGAUGAUAUACUGAUUUACUCUAAGAGUCCGGAGGAACAUACGGUCCAUUUGAGUACGGUGAUGAAGCGGUUGCGGGAGCAUCACCUAUUCGCCAAGCUCAGUAAGUGUAGCUUCUGGCAAAGGGAAAUUGGAUUCCUAGGCCAUGUGGUCUCGGACAAGGGAGUGUCCGUGGAUCCGGAGAAGAUCAAGUCGAUCGCAGAAUGGCCAAGACCAAGGAAUGCGUCGGAGAUAAGGAGCUUCUUAGGUCUGGCCGGAUAUUACAGACGGUUUGUGAAAGGAUUUGCGAGUAUGGCGUCGCCCAUGACUCGACUCACCGGAAAGGAUGUUUGGUUUGAGUUGUCGGCCGAGUGUGAGAAGUGUUUUGGGAAGCUUAAGGACAUGCUUACCAGCACUCCGGUCUUGACCAUACCGAGGCCGGAUGAGCCGUAUACGGUGUACACAGACGCAUCUAAGACAGGACUUGGGUGUGUACUGAUGCAACACGGAAGUGUUAUUGCCUAUGGGUCUAGGCAGUUGCGGAAACACGAGUGUAACUAUCCUACACACGAUCUGGAGAUGGCCGCGGUAGUGUUCGCGCUGAAGAUUUGGAAACCUUACUUGUAUGGUGCCAAGGUUCAAGUCUUCACGGAUCACAAGAGUUUGAAGUACAUCUUCACUCAGCCAGGAUUGAACAUGAGACAGCAAAGAUGGAUGGAGUCCAUUGCUGAUUUCGAUGUGGAUAUAGCUUACCAUCCGGGUAAAGCUAACUUGGUCGCGGAUGCCUUAAGCCGGAAGAGAGUGGCUAAGGAUUCGGACAAGGAUAUGUCUGGUCUGGUCGAGAUGAUCGGGACAUUAAGACUGGCCGCCUUGACUGACGAAUUGGAACCGUUAGGUCUUGGUGCGGCGGACCAGGCGGACUUACUGACUAGAGUCAGAUUGGCUCAGCAGUUGGACGAGGAGUUGGUUAAAGCGUCCAAGAAUGAGCAGACUGAGUAUCAGGUUUCUAAGAAUGGAACGAUCGUGGUGCACGGUCGAGUGUGUGUUCCAAAGGAUCAGGAACUGCGGGAAGAGAUCCUUAAGGAAGCUCACCAUUCAAAGUUUUCCAUUCAUCCGGGAUCGACCAAGAUGUAUCAGGACUUGAAAAGAUACUAUCAUUGGGUCGUGAUGAAGCGGGAUGUGGCUAAGUGGAUAGCCGGAUGCCAAACCUGUCAAAUGGUUAAGACAGAACAUGAAGUGCCGGGUGGAUUGUUGCAGAGUCUACCUAUCCCAGAAUGGAAAUGGGAUAUGAUCACGAUGGACUUCGUGACCGGACUGCCCGCGUGCGGAAAGUUGGAUGCGAUAUGGGUUAUAGUCGAUAGACUGACUAAGUCUGCGCAUUUCCUGGCUAUCAUCUCGGAUAGAGAUGCGCGGUUUAGUUCUUCUUUCUGGAGAGCGUUUCAGAAACGUCUCGGUACUAAGGUGCACAUGAGUACGGCCUAUCAUCCUCAGACGGAUGGCCAGUCGGAACGGACUAUCAGAACACUCGAGGACUUGUUGAGAACGUGUGUUCUGGACUGGGGCGGCAAGUGGAAGGAUUACUUGCCUUUGGCCGAGUUCUCAUACAACAACAGUUUUCAGGCAAGCAUUGGGAUGUCGCCAUAUGAGGCACUGUAUGGUCGACCUUGCCGAACACCGUUGUGUUGGACUCAAGUGGGGGAGCGGAGUCUCUAUGGUCGGGACUUCGUGGAAGAAACCACUGAACGGAUUAGAGUCCUGAAGCUGAAGAUGAAAGAAGCUCAGGAUCGGCAAAAGAGUUAUGCGGAUAAGCAUCGCCGGGAGUUAGAGUUUCAGGCCGGAGACAUGGUCUUCGUCAAGCUGAUAACCUUUAAGGGAAAGGAUAAGGCUGCGGCGACUGGGAAGCUAAAGCCGAGGUACAUGGGACCGUACAAAGUCCUGGAAAGGAUUGGAGCUGUAGCGUACAAGUUGGAAUUGCCACCAGCCUUGGUCGCGUUCCAUCCGGUCUUUCAUGUAUCUUUACUGAGGAGACGCGUGACAAACGGGGAUAACGUUGUGUCCGAACCUCCGCCCGACUUACAGGAGAAUCUGACGGUCGAAGGCAGACCGGUUCGGAUAGUAGGUCGAAGGGUCAAGUCAGUUGGCCGGAAGAGAAUUAAGAUGGUGCAAGUCGUUUGGGACUGUGAAGGAGAAGAAGAAACGACUUGGGAACCAGAAAGUAGGAUGGAAGAGAAAUUCUCUAAGUGGUUUGAGAAGCAACCGAAGGCUCCACCAAAGCCUAAGAAAGGCAAGGAUUCGAGGGCGAAUCCAAAGUGA